UCCUCGCAUCCGCAUAGCAACUCAUCCUCUCCCGCUCAUCCAUCCUCCGCAUCCUCUCAGAGCCCUCAUCCCGAGCUAGCCCUCCCCGCUCCGCCGCCACCCAGCCCACUCCGAGCCCACCAAUCACCCGCGCACCACUAUGCACGCACAAUCCUCCGCGAUCUCCACCCCCGCGCGCUCCGUCGCGUCUCCGUCGCAUCCGCACGCGUCCGCGCACGCGCAUACCACCGACGCGCCCUCCAACGCGGCCUGCCACGGCCCCGACUCCGAGUCGUGCCUCCUCGCCGCCUCCUCGCCCCAGUGCUGCCACUGUGGCUGGCGCGGUGCCCACGCGCCGACGUGCCCGUUCAAGUGAACGCGCCCGGCCCUGUCUGUAUACUAGUUCGUUGUCCACCAUUUGUUUCUACUCUACUCGAUCACUGCUGUCGCAACCUCGAUCAUCGCAAGCCUGUAUCACCACCGUAUAGCAUGCCGAGCACCAUGCUCCUAUUUGCAUCUCGCCCACGUAUUCUCAAGUUCCCCCGACGCAGCGCUGUACGAAGAUAUCCUUAAUGGAGGAGGAGAGGAGUCGCGGAAGAAGGAAGAAGCUGCUAUCGGUUGUGGUUGUACAUACCCCCCAUCUGUCUUGUAUUCUGUCGCACACCCCACGGAUUCGUUGACGCAUCUGCUCGAGUGUCCCGCGCAAUCCAUCUGCU